GAAACAUACGCUCUUAAGAAAGAGUACUAAGUGGUGUAUUUUCUUGACUAUGGCGGCAGCACCAUCCAUCACCGCAAUCCAGGUGGAGAACCUUGAGUUCCCAGCGGUGAUUACCUCUCCAGCCAACUCCAAGACUUAUUUCCUCGGCGGCGCAGGGGAGAGAGGAUUGAUAAUUGAGGGGAACUUCAUAAAGUUCACUGGCAUAGGAGUAUACUUGGAGGAUAAAGCAGUGGCAUCACUGGCCAAGUGGAAGGGUAAGAGUUCAGAAGAUUUGGUGGAGACCCUCGACUUCUUCAGAGAUAUCAUUUCAGGUCCCUUUGAAAAGUUAAUUCGAGGGUCAAAGAUCAGGCCAUUGACUGGGAUAGAGUACUCAGGGAAGGUCAUGGAAAACUGCGUGGCGCAUAUGAAGUCGGUUGGGACUUAUGGUGAUGCUGAAGCCGCAGCCAUUGAAAAAUUUGCUGAAGCCUUCAAGAAUGUCAACUUCCCACAAGGUGCCUCUGUUUUCUACAGGCAAUCACCUGAUGGAAUAUUAGGGCUUAGUUUCUGUCAAGAUGGGACAAUACCACCACAGCAUGAGGCUACAGUUAUAGAGAACAAGGCAGCAUCGGAGGCAGUGUUGGAGACCAUGAUUGGAGAACAUGCUGUUUCCCCUGAUUUAAAACGCAGUUUAGCUGCAAGAUUACCUGUCGUAUUCAAACAGGGUAUUUUCAACCCUGGAAACUGAAAAUCACAAAGAGGUUGCUGCAAAACAUAUAGAGACUCCAGCUUUUUCAAAUAUCGAAAUUUGUUUUCACUAUGAUUCUCUCCUUUUACCUUCUUGUCAGUUAUCAAUAAAUUUAUGGAACUGCUU